UUCUUGUGGAUCUGAAUCUGAAUCUCUAGUUAUAUGAAAUGGAUAAGAAACCAUGUAACUCAGUAGUAGAUGUGGAAGUUAGAAAAGGACCAUGGACCAUGGAAGAGGACAUGAUCCUCAUCAACUACAUCGCUAACCACGGAGAAGGCGUUUGGAACUCUCUUGCUCGAUCUGCUGGUUUGAAAAGAACCGGAAAAAGUUGUAGACUGAGGUGGUUGAACUAUCUCCGACCGGAUGUGCGAAGAGGUAAUAUCACUGCUGAAGAGCAACUCUUAAUCAUGGAACUGCAUGCCAAGUGGGGAAACAGAUGGUCAAAAAUUGCAAAACAUUUACCGGGAAGAACUGAUAACGAAAUAAAAAACUUUUGGAGAACUCGGAUUCAAAAGCAUGUCAAGCAAGCAGAGAAUUCCAAUCCACUUAUGCAAGGUUAUGAGCACAAUGACCACAAUGCUAACUCAAGUGCUAGCACGAGCACAAGUCAAAUGUCUGGUAUUGUGGGUCACAAUCAACAACAUGAGCAUCACGCGAAUGAUAAUUAUUCGAUCCAGCCAUGUGCCGAAAACAUGGAAACUAGCUUUCCAACAACUAAUUUCUCUACUGGAUGGAAUGAUAAUAAUUGGAGCAUGGAAGAUCUUUGGAAUAUGCAGUUGCUCAAUGGUGGCGAGUAGAUAUUUUCGCUUUAAAUAGUACAAUGAGAGUGAUUUUAAUGAUAGUUAAAUUUUAAAUUA